UGAUCCGCAAGGCGAUGCUUGCGAGCGGCCGCGACCUCUUCCUCAUUGACGGCUUUCCGCGCAACUUUGACAACCUCACGGGCUGGAACGACGAGAUGACGGACGUCGACGUCGCGGGCGUCCUCUUCUAUGACUGCCCCGAAGACGAGAUGGAGCGCCGUCUCCUCGAGCGCGGCAAGACGAGCGGCCGCACCGACGACAACAUGGACGCGAUCCGCAAGCGCUUUGCGACGUACACCGAGUCGACGAUGCCGAUCAUCAACCACUUUGCGGCGCAGAACAAGGUGUUCCACAUCCUCGCGACCUCGACGCCGGAAGCGGUCUUUGAAGAGACGAAGAAGGCGAUCGAGCCGAUUGUGUCGCAGCACCUCGUCGCCACGACGCAGCGUCUUCUCAACGCUGUGUUUCAAAACGACUUUGCGACUUACCGAGCGCUCUGCGACGACAACAUCUCGGCCAUCGAGCCGCAGUCCAUGGGCCACGUCGUCGAGGGCAUGCAAUUCCACGAAUUCUACUUCAAGAACCAAGGCCGCGGAGGCCUCGGCGUUGCGAGCGUCUGCCAGGCAAACGUUGUCGACGCGCAUGUCAAGCUCCUUGGCGACACGGCGAUCGUGUCGUUCGCUAAUGUCAUCCAGUCGGCGUCCGAGCCGUCGGUGGUGUAUAUGGAGACGCGCGUGUGGCAUCGCAGCGCGACCACGGGUGCGUGGAAGAACGUCCACUUCCACCGGUCCUCCAAGUAA